AUGGCGAGCGUGGUGAAGAAAGGGAUCGAUAAAGUCCGCCUGAUGGCGGGGAUGGAGCCGAGCGCGCCGGAGACGCCGGUGGAGGUUCUGGAUGAGUACACGUCGUGCGCGAACAUGACUUUCGAGCAACGCAUGUACGGAUUCGCCUUUUGCGCCGCGUUCGGCUUGGCGUGUUCGGCGUUGUCGAGCGUUUUCUGGACGGUGCCGAGGAAGUUUGCGAUCUUGUACUCCAUGGGGAACAUCCUGUCGCUCGCGAGCACGGGGUUUUUGACGGGAUUCGGGAGGCAGUUGAAGAACAUGUUUCACGGGACGCGCUUUGUCGCGACGUGCGUCUAUCUCGGAUCGCUCAUCAUGACCUUGAUCGCCGCCGUGGAGAUCCAGAGCUUCCCGCUGACGAUUUUAUUCUUAUCAAUUCAGUGGUGCGCGCUGAUGUGGUACUGCUUGAGCUACAUCCCUGGCGGGCGAGCGAUGCUCAAGGGAUGCGUCAAGGCGUGUUGCGGCGGAGCUUCCGAGGGCGACUUCUUCUAG